AUGGCGCAACAGCAGCAGUACGAACCACCGGCGUUCGACUCGAACUGCAUGACUCUCACUCGGUAUGUGUUGGCCGAACAGAAAAAAGUUCCAUCGGCCACCGGAGACCUGUCCCAACUGUUGACCAGCAUUCAGACGGCCGUCAAGGCGGUCAGCUCGGCAGUGCGCAGGGCCGGACUGACUCACCUGUAUGGCAUGGAUGGGUCCACGAACGUGCAGGGUGAAGACGUCAAGAAGCUGGACGUGCUCAGCAACGAACUGUUCAUCAACAUGUUGGCGUCGUCUUUUACGGUCCACAUGCUGGUCAGCGAAGAAAACGAGACUGUGAUAGAGAUUGAGACUGAAAAACGUGGAAAAUAUGUUGUGUGUUUCGACCCUCUGGAUGGGUCGUCCAACAUUGAUUGUCUCGUGUCCAUUGGUUCAAUAUUUGGAAUAUUCAAAAAAACCGAUGAGAGCAAUGAGACGAAUGUGAACAAUGCGUUUCAACCAGGCAGGAACAUGGUGGCUGCAGGUUAUGCGCUUUAUGGCAGCGCAACAAUGAUGGUGUUAUCAUUAGGCAAAGGAAGUGGAGUCAAUGGGUUUAUGUUGGAUCCGUCGAUUGGUGAAUUUUUGUUGACCGAGAGUAACAUUAAAAUACCCAGCAAGGGAAGCAUUUACAGUAUCAACGAAGGGUACUCACAUUUGUGGGACAAAUCUGUGACGGAGUAUGUGAGGAGGAAAAAAGACCCAGAGUGUGGUAAACCUUAUGGUGCCAGGUAUGUUGGUUCGAUGGUUGCAGAUGUACACCGCACAUUGAAGUAUGGAGGUAUAUUCAUGUACCCGGCCACAAAACUAUCUCCAAACGGCAAGUUACGUCUAUUAUACGAAGGAAACCCAAUGGCUUACAUAAUUGAAGAGGCAGGUGGAAUAGCGAGCAAUGGUAAGAUACCAAUAUUGGACAUACAACCCACAGCCUUGCAUCAGAGAAGCCCAAUAUUUUUAGGUUCCAAAGAAGAUGUCAACGAAUUGUUAGAAAUAUAUCAAUCAUAA